GCCAAAAGCCAAUAUAAAUAGAAUCCUUGUGGUUCCCUUUGACAAAUCAAAACCACCAGUACUACUAAAACUUGUUGAUCUCUUACGUACCCGGCCACUACCCUCCCAAAGAUCGAUCGACAAGGUCAAAUAAUGAGAGGCCCUUAUGCUGUAUUCCUGCUUCUAUUUGGGCUCCGCCUAUCAAUCGCAACAACAAUUUGCUUCUCAUUGAAUUUGCAUAAUUCUGAGGUCAGAUGCAUAGAGGAAGAAAGACAAGCACUCCUCAAAUUCAAAAAAGGCCUUCAAGAUGAUUACGGCAGCUGGCUCUCUUCUUGGGGCAGUCAUGAGGGAGAUUGUUGCAAAUGGGAAGGAAUUGAAUGCAGCAACCGAACAGGUGAUCAUGUCGUCAAGCUUGUUCUGAGGAAUAAACAUUUAUCAAGUGAGAUAAGCUCUUCAUUACUUGGAUUGCAACAUUUGACUUACCUCGACUUAAGUUUCAACGAUUUCUUUAUCCUCCCAAAGUUCAUUGGUUCUCUCACUAAAUUGCAAUAUCUCAAUCUUUCCACCAGUUUUAUUUCUGGAACCAUUCCACCGCAGCUUGGAAAUCUCUCAAGCUUGAUUUCUCUUGAUCUCAGCAGCAACUUUUUUUCUGGAACCAUACCACCGCAGCUUGGAAAUCUCUCAAGCUUGAUUUCUCUUGAUCUCAGCGUGAACUCUUUUUCUGGAACCAUAACUCCGCAACUUGGAAAUCUCUCAAGCUUGAUUUAUCUUGACCUCUCUUAUAACCUUUUAGAAGAUUCUAUUCCAGAAAUGUUUGGGAACAUGGAAGCUCUUGUUCAUCUUGACCUCUGUUGUAACAUGUUAGAAGGUUCUAUUCUAGAAGCGUUUGGGAAUAUGGUAGCUCUUGUUCAUCUUGACCUCUCUUCCAACAAACUUCAAGGGGCGAUACCGGAUCUCUCAAAAUUAUCCUUGUUGAGAGAGUUGCAUCUGUCCAACAAUCAGUUAAAUGGGAGUUUAGACAAUGUUCUAGGAAAACAUUUCAAGCUUCAGACAUUAUAUGUGUCUUUCAAUUCUUUCAAAGCUGUCAUCACUGAAACACAUUUGUCGAAUUUUUCCAGUCUACGAAUGAUGGACUUGUCUUUUAAUUCUGAUCUAUCUUUGAAGUUUAGUCCAGACUGGGUUCCACCAUUUUAUCUGGAUAUCUUACUAUUGGGCUCUUGCAAAUUGGGGCUAGCUUUUCCUCAGUGGCUUCAAACACAAAAAAAAAUUUCAUGGCUUGAUAUAUCUAAUACAAGAAUCUCAGACACCAUUCCCAACUGGUUUUGGGACCUUUCUUCCAAUAUGCGGUUUUUAAAUAUCUCCCACAACCAGAUCAGUGGUACCAUACCUCUUCAAUGGUUUUUGACAAGUUAUAUUAAAGUUUAUGCAAGAGAUGUGAGUUAUAACCACUUUAGUGGUCCACUGCCACAUCUUAAUUCCGAUGCAAUAUUGUUGAAUCUCUCCAAUAAUUUGUUCCAAGGAACUAUUACAUUUAUAUGUGGGACAAAUAGAUCAUCCUUGGAAUACCUUAAUCUUUCAAAUAACUUGUUAUUUGGAGAGCUCCCCGAGUGUUGGGAAAAUAAGAUGGCCCUGUCAUACCUUAAUUUGGCAAACAAUAAUCUAUCUGGGAGAAUUCCCGAAUCUUUUGGAAGAAUUUGUUCGAAAGAAAAUCAUGUCAAGUCGUUGCAUUUUCAGAACAACAAUUUCAUUGGAGAACUGCCUGUGGCAUUGAUGAACUGCUCUUCACUAAGAAUAAUAGAUUUUGGAGAAAACAAACUCUUUGGGAGGAUACCAGCAUGGAUAGGCACAAGCCUAAAAAAUUUGGUGGUUCUUCGUGUCCCAUCAAACAUGUUUGUUGGUAGCAUACCACUAGAGUUAUGUCAACUAACAUCUCUUCAAAUCUUGGACCUCUCUAACAACAAUAUUUCGGGGACUAUACCUCGGUGCCUUAAAAACUUCACCGCCAUGGCUCAAAAAGAUUUAAAAGACAUUGAUCUUCAAUUUUAUCUUUUGUUAUUUUUGGACCAUUAUAUUUCUCCAAACAAUAAUAGAUUUUUUAAGCAUCCCUACAUUGAGAAUGCAUUCGUGAAUACAAAAGGAUUGCAUCUUGUUUAUGAUAAAAUUCUUGGACUAUUAAAAGUCAUCGAUCUUUCAAGGAAUAAAUUGAAAGGAGAAAUUCCAAGUGAAAUAACAAGUCUUGUGGGAUUGAUUGGGUUGAAUCUAUCUGGAAAUUUGCUGACUGGCAUCAUUCCUUGGAGCAUUGGCCGCCUGGAGAGAUUAGAGUCUCUGGACUUGUCAAGCAAUCACCUUUCAAGCGUAAUUCCUCCAAGCCUUGCUACUUUGAGCUUUUUGGGCUAUUUGAAUUUGUCAAAUAACAACUUGUCCGGUAGAAUCCCAACCGGUACCCAGCUCCAAAGCUUUAAUGCUUCUUCAUAUGCAAGUAACCAAUAUCUAUGUGGGAUGCCUCUUUUGAAAAUGUGUCUAGGAGAUGAAACACCUCAAGGUCCUCAAAUUGGUAACAAGCAUAGAGAAGGCAAUAUUCAAGAACAUGCACACUCCCACGGACACAUAUGGUUUUAUACAAGCAUUGCAAUGGGGUUCAUUGUUGGAUUUUGGGGAGUUUGUGGAUCGUUAGUGCUGAAGAGUUCUUGGAGGCAUGCUUAUUUCCAGUUUUUGGACAGAAUGGGAGACAGGCUCUACGUUACAAUAGCCAUCAACAUGGCCAAAGUGUUGAGAAACUUCAAGACUCACUGCAAAGCAGAGGACCAAGAGGCCACAUCAGCCUAAUCCAAGAUGCAUGGUCACUGAAGGAGACGAUAAGCAAGAAUCAACUGAGGAAGAGGCAGAGGAAUGCAGGGGCUCAUUGAUAUGGUCCAAUCACUGGGAGACCAUCUCACGCACGGCAGCAAUAACUCUUUUAUGUUGUUCGAUUUCUUUCCUUGUCAUGUUUCUUUCUUUA